AUGUUUCAUAACGAGCUUUAUUCCUUGCUUUCUUCGUUCAAAAUCUCCAAUAUUCUUUUGCUUCCUUUCUUACUCUCUACUCCACAUAUAUAUACAUUCCCUCCAUGGAUGCCUCUGUUCAUCAACCUUACCUCUACUGCUUCUCCGAACCCCCACCGGCGAAAAAUGCCCACCGAAGUCCAAUCCCCGUCCCAAACACGCUCCGACACCUACCACUUCCACCGGCGCCAUUCGGCCCGCCGCUACAUGAGACGGGUAAAAGAAAGCCUCAGCACCAGGGUGUCCAAGCUGGUUUGUGCCAUAUUUCUCUCCCUCCUCUUCUUUAUCGGCAUCAUCACAUUCAUUCUAUGGCUCAGUUUGCGCCCGCACCGACCUAGAUUUUUUACAGAGGAUUUUUCCGUUUCGGGUAUGGCCCAGGCCGUCGGGUUCCAAGGGGCCCAGGUGAGAUUCAACGUGACCGCACGAAAUUCUAACGUAAAUAUUGGGGUUCACUACGACACGGCGCAGCAGGUGACGGUGUACUAUCACGAUCAAAGCAUCGGUACGACGUCGUUGUUGUUCCCGUUCUAUCAGCGGCCGAAGACUUCUAUUGAGAUUUCCGGUGCGCUGAGUGGGGACACGUUGACGAUGAGUAACGACCUUUGGACGCAGAUCCAGGGCGAUCGUGCGAAUGGGGCGGCAAUUUUCCGGCUGGAAGUGACGUCGACUAUCCGCUUCAAGGUGUCCACGUGGAACAGUAAGAGCCACAAGAUGCACGCCAACUGUGAUGUUGGAGUGGGCCCGGAUGGCUCGAUGUUGCCGAGUUAUAAGGAUAAGAGAUGCUCG